AUGGGUGCACCUGGUCUCACUCGUACUUUUCGUAACUUCUUAGCACUAGGUCCAAGAGAAUACAUUCGUCAAUUAAUCUACAUUUGUGAUCCUAAAGCCGGUCAACUCAAAGGAACUGAUGAACAUGGUAAUCGAUAUUUUGAAGAUCCAAAUGAAUCAUUCUAUAGAAACAGAUGGGUAGAUUUCGCUUCACAUGAUUUCAAUGCUUCACAAGUCACACCUGAAUGGCAUUCAUGGUUAAGUCAUAUUAGAAAAGAUCCACCUCAACUUGAUCCGAUUGUACAAAGUUCAAAACAAACUUGGCAAACUGCACAUGUUGAGAAUUUAACAGGUACUAGAGGUGCUUUUAAAACUUAUUCUACUACGGGUCCUAAAAUCACAAGUUGGAUUCCAGAAACGGCUGAACGUCAUUAA